CAGCGGGAUCUCCCUCCGGGAUUCGCUUUCUGAAACUUCUUGCGAGCCUGAGCACGGAGCUGCUCUCCCUUUUCUUUUUUUUUUCCCUUUUUCUCGCUCGAAGGGUGUAUAGAAGAUAAGGAGGCAGGGAUUGGAACUCGCCGGGAUUCGCGUCCUCUAGUCGGAAUCUGACCAAAAUCUUGUUUCCGGUCUUCCGACAUCUGGAGGCGUCUUCCUGUCUCGGUCCGGGCCCUUCGAGUUGGAUCUCCGGGUGGAUGCGGCAAUGUGGCCUGGGAGUUGUUCGAUUAUUCGAGGAAAAUGAUUAAAGUUUUAAUCUUUAUGCUUCUGUUGUUCGACUAGGGUUUCCACACCUGUUAGGAAGCUUUUUUUUAUAAUAAUAAUAAUAAUUUAAGUGUUUUUUCAUAUAAUUUUGAUGAACUUGCCUUUUUUUUUUAAAAAAAAAAACUACCCAAAAAUUUACAAUCUUGAGAAUUUUGUUUACCUUUAUGUGCUUCAGUUGAAUACUAGCCAACUUACUUGACUUAUAGAGCUUAUUUGCGUCUCUACUACAAAAAAGUCCAUUUUGGAGCUCCUUUUAAGUGCCAGUUUUUUUUUUUUUUUUUUAAUAGAUUUGGUGAAAUCUGCUCUUUUCCCGCCCUUUCUUUUAUGAUCUUUUGAUUUAGUUGAAUAUCAACCGUAUUUUUCUCCACUUAGAGUCUCUAGUUUCUGAUUUCCAACAGCUAAGAUGAUUUCAUUCUAUUAUAACAAAGUCUCUUCUCAGUUCCUUUCUCUAGGUCUGAUUGCAAAUACAUGAUUUCAUUCUGUUACCCUACUCUUGUCUUAUGCUAUUCCUUUUUUUUUUCUUGUAAAUCUUUUCUGCAUUGUUGAGUUCUUCCCCUUCUCUUCAUCUUGCUAGAAUUAUGCUUAGGAUAUUAACCGAGAUUCUUUUAGAAUUUUGACCCAAUCAUUAGAGUACUGAAUUAUGAAUAUCAAAGAAAUAACUCUAAAUGAUUACAAUCCAUUUCCUUUCUUCCUUUCAAGGAAAGCAUAAUUACAACAUGAUUCGUAGUCUUUUGAAAGGAUUCUGGAGGACUUUCCUUUCUGUUAUGCAUACUUCUUAGGAAUAGCCAACAAAAGAGAAUUCAUAAGACCAACCCUAUAAUAAAGCUUUAUGCUUCAGGUUGUGGUUGUGCUUCACUUCAAAGAGUUGAAAGAAACAAUUGUUUUCUCAAAGAAAAAAAAAGGCUCUAAUAAGAGUUAAAAUGAAGUAUCUUUUACCAGUGGCUUAAUUUGUUUAUUGGGAACUUCAAUGGUUCGGCUUUCUUGCAUUGAUGAAUGCAGCCUGUGAUCAAAAAAAGGAAACAACACAAGAAAAACAGGACCAUUGAAAACACAAAGGGCGAGAUCAUAUUAGCUGGAAUUUGGAGCUUCAUUCCAAGUAGAACGUAACGACAGUUUUCACCUAAACCCUACCGAUUUUUAUGCUUCGAGCGACACCUGCACAAUCUUUUUUCUUUCCACACUGCCCGACCGCAGAUUUCAGUUCCUGUGGUUUCUUCCUUGCAUGUCAAGACACUAUGAUCUUGUCGCUUUCUUGGUGCUUGGAAGGAAUUUUUCUGAGCGGAGUGGAUGCCAGGCUGGUCACAUCAAUAGCUUUUCAGAGUCCUUUAUGAACAAAGUGGCAAUCACUCUCCAUUCACAGAUGCAAAUAUAGAGUUCCAUAAAGUAGAAUACUGUGACUUCUUCUCAGGUUUCAGGUUUGGUUUGCUUCGUGGUAUUGAUUUCUACCAUUUAAUCAAAAGGGGAAGAAGGGAGCAGCCAACAAUGAAGGCACUCAUCCUUGUUGGAGGUUUUGGUACCCGAUUGCGGCCUUUGACACUCAGUGUCCCAAAGCCUCUCGUUGAUUUUGCCAACAAGCCCAUGAUCCUGCAUCAGAUUGAAGCUUUGAAAGAGGUUGGAGUGACAGAAGUUGUUUUGGCCAUCAAUUAUCAACCAGAGGUAAUGCUCAACUUUUUAAAGGAUUUUGAGAGCAAGCUUGAUAUCAAGAUUACCUGCUCCCAAGAGACAGAGCCAUUAGGAACAGCUGGUCCCCUGGCUCUAGCCAGAGACAAGCUAAUAGAUGGUUCUGGGGAACCCUUCUUUGUCCUCAACAGUGAUGUCAUCAGUGAAUAUCCAUUUGCUGAGCUGAUUAAGUUCCACAAAGCGCAUGGCGGAGAGGCUACAAUUAUGGUAACCAAGGUUGAUGAGCCAUCCAAGUACGGUGUUGUGGUUAUGGAGGAGGAAACUGGAAAGGUUGAUAGAUUUGUAGAGAAGCCAAAAAUAUUUGUGGGCAACAAGAUCAAUGCCGGGAUCUACUUGUUGAAUCCGUCUGUCUUAGACCGCAUUGAACUGAAGCCCACCUCAAUCGAGAAAGAGGUUUUCCCAAAAAUUGCAGCAGAUCAAAAGCUCUAUGCCAUGGUCCUGCCUGGUUUCUGGAUGGAUAUAGGACAGCCAAGGGACUACAUCACAGGCCUGAGGCUCUAUCUGGAUUCUCUUCGCAAGAAAUCUCCCUAUAAACUAGCUGUUGGCCCACACAUUGUGGGAAAUGUUUUGGUGCAUGAGAGUGCUGUGAUCGGAGAGGGGUGCCUGAUCGGACCAGAUGUUGCGAUUGGACCAGGGUGCGUUCUGGAGUCUGGAGUAAGGCUGUCAAGGAGCACGGUGAUGCGAGGAGUUCGGAUUAAAAAGCACGCAUGCAUCUCUAGCAGCAUUAUUGGGUGGCAUUGCACUGUCGGACGGUGGGCACGGGUUGAAAACAUGACUAUCCUUGGGGAGGAUGUGCACGUCUGCGAUGAGAUAUACAGCAAUGGAGGUGUCGUGCUCCCUCACAAAGAGAUCAAAUCAAGCAUCCUAAAGCCUGAGAUCGUCAUGUGAGCAUGGAAAACUGGAGUGGUUUGGGUUGCAAUUAGAGCUAUAGUUGUGUUAUGUUCCUGUUCUUUUCUUAUUAUUUCUGUCUCUAGCUGCAAGUGUAUGGCUAUUUUGCUGUCUGUCAGUUUAUAAGCGUCUAUGUAUGCUUUGUUCCAGUGCUGGGCUCAUGAAAGUUUGUAGUCUGGGUGUGUGGAUAUAAAUUUCUCCAUUGGACAUGGAAAGUUAAAGAGUUUUAUUCUGUGAUAAAA